AUGGAUAGGUAUUUGCAAACAUUACUUAAAUGGGUGUCUGCUUCCUCCAGGUCUGGUGCCAACCCAUGGAGAAUCGUCAACCAAAUCCGGUCAAAGCAUCGCAUAGCUGCUGCUGCCGGCCUAUAUACAGCGAGGGCCAGAAAGGGUUAA